ACAUAAAUAUAAGGUAGAAUCGAUGUUAUAACCAGUGCUAAAUCACUACCUUUGCUAAUAGAAACGCGAUACCGUUAUCCCGUUAGGUUUAACACAUUGGUAUAUUGACACAUUCUAUGAUCCGAAAUUACAAGAUAGAAAUGAUAAUAUUUACUAUCUAUUAUUUAUUAUCAUUUAAUAUUUAUUACUCGUUCAAAUAAUAAAAUUAUGAAAUAAACAUAAAUAUUCUGAUUUCAGAUUUAUAUCGGACGAAAAAGGAGCGAAGGAUAUUCGAAAAGACCGCCACGAAGAAUCAAUAUCAUCGAUAGCAGCGCCAAAGAUAACCAAUCCAACCAGUUGACCUAAUAUUACCACUGGUCAUACCACGUAUAAUUUACUUGUGAUUUAUUUAAUAUAUUCGUGUCAUCCACGUGCAUACACAUCACACACACACGUAAAACUAAGGUAUACGUGGAAUUAACGUGGAACGAGAGGAACCGCGUUAAAUGAAACGCGAAUUCUAAAAUACGAACGUGAUACGUCGCGUCGUAUGCAUUUCUUCGCAACUCGAGUGUGUUGCGCAUGCGACGAAACGUGAGUAACAGCGCUGGCCGAACCGCUUCCACGUCGAAACCACGGAGAGAUCUCGAGGGGGCCAAGACGGGGAGAAAAAAUGAGAAUCCUCGCGAAGAUUUGAUACAGUGGAAAAAAAAAAUAAAAGAGAAAAAGAGAAGAAUCCUUCGAAUGUUCGUAAAACCAUUGUCCGGUCGAAGAACGCUCGCCGUUUGUCCAUACGUUACUUGGGCGAAGAUUGCUUCCAAGAAGACGAAGCCUUUAGCGUCGGAGGUGUUGACGAGCUAUCUGGUUCAAUCGAAGGAGCCACCGUGGACUUCGUAUUUCGUGAGGUACGCCGAUGUGGUAAACGAUCAGAGGGGGAUGUCGCACUUCAAUUGGCCGGUGGGCAGCAGCAAUUACCACGUAUUGAGAACCGGCUGCUUUCCAUACAUCAAGUAUCACUGCACCAAGAGGCCGCGGCAGGACCUCACCACCGAGGACAAAUUUUUCAAGGCGAUCAAGCUUCUGAACCUUGGUAUACCAACGUUAAUGUACGGACUGGCAGCGACUUUAUUGAUCAGGCAUAGAGAAAUCGUGAAAACAGCCAGAGGGGACGUGGUGAUCCAUUUCUUGCUGCCCGAGGACAAAGGAUCCAUGUAUUGAGAUAUACACGAUGAUAUAUGUAUAUCGGUAUUUACACGAAUAAAAUUGUAAAGUUCAAUGU